UGGUAAAUUUGCUUGUGAUAUCAACUCAAGAUGAGCAAAAUCGUCGCUUGCUUGGUCUUACUCGCUCUCAGCGUUAUGUGUGUCUACUCUGCUCCCUAUGAAUUUAGAGCAAAAAGAGCAAUCAAUCCAUUCUUGGAUUCUAUGGGAAAACGAGCUGUCAACCCGUUCCUUGACUCAAUUGGCAAACGAUCUUUCCGUCCAGACAUGAUCACUGAGGAGAAGAGAUAUUUUGAUAGCUUGGCCGGUCAAUCUUUGGGAAAACGCUCCAACAAUCGAUAUGAAAUGUUGGAAAAUUACUAUUAAGUGUAUUUAAAUUAUAAUCAGAUCAGCCUUUUUUCGUAUUGUUUUCAUUAUAUUCUGAGUGUUCACGCUGUGUUUACUCCUUCAUUUUCAAUUUUUAAGACGAUUUACUAUUUGCGAGAUCUUAUUAAAAUUCCCCUCCACCAUUUAUUCUUCCGAAUCCUUUUUUCCUCGUGUGGUAGUAAGCAAGCAAGCCAGAAAAUAAACUCUGUUAAUAAG